UUGCUCUCUGAUUGCUGGCUGCAUGUUUAGCCAGGUGAUUACCUGCUAAGCCUCUCUGACGGUGGGAGGUCGAGAGCAGAUAGAGCAGAGUAUACCGUGAAGCCAUUCACAACACAAGAGGAACACCGCUAAAAGAGGACACGAUCUCUUAUUGCUCAUACUAACUGGACACAGAGGUAAGCAUGUCCAAAGCAGGAGAGCGGACCCCUUCAACAACUUCCGCUGACUCAGCCUCAGCAGAUGGAAAAGAAGGCGGCACUAAAUCUCCCAAGGGAAAGGAGUCCCCAUCAGGCUCAGUCUCCGAAACGCCCAAGAAGUCUUUGAAGAAGUCCAAGAAAGUCUCUGAGAGUAAGAAAAAAGUCUACAUCUCCGUGCUCAACAGUAUUUUUGGGGCGGACAGAGAACUGGCUCAGGCUGAAUUAGACGAGCUGCACGAGGCCUUUAAGGAGUUUGACUACGACCAAGAUGGCUACUUGAACUACAAGGACGUGGCUGAGUGCAUGAGGACUAUGGGAUACAUGCCCACUGAAAUGGAGCUGCUGGAAAUAGUGCAACAGAUAAAGAUGAGAAUGGGCGGGUUAAUGGACUUUGAAGACUUCAUUGAACUGAUGGGACCGAGGAUGAUGGGCGAGACGGCGGACAUGCUGGGACUAAAGGAGCUCCAGUCGGCCUUCAUGCAGUUUGAUGUAGACGGAGAUGGAAUAAUCAACCUGGAGGAGUUGAAGGAAGCGCUGAAGACCCUGCUGGGGGAGAAGCUGAAGAAAGGAGAACUAGAGGAGAUCUUAAAGGAGCUGGAUAUUAAUGCAGAUGGGAGCAUUGAUUUUGAAGAGUUUGUGAUGAUGCUCUCUAUUCGCUAAUCGUUCGACAGACCGACCAACCAUGGACAGACUGCUUUGGUCCACAGCUGUAUUCACAGUUAGGCUCACUUGUGUUUGUAACCUAGCUACAGACUUUUACUACAUAAAGUGUGGCCUAGCCUUGCAAUAAUGCUGCAUGUGACGAACUUCUGCAUCACUCCCACAUGUCAUCAAAUGCAGAAUAUGCCGAGUGUUAUCAUUUUGUAGAUCCAUGAACAUUUUGUUGUGAUAUAGCAUGUAAAUAAGACUGCAGUGUUUUGCUAUUUUAAUAAAGAAAUCAAACUCA